GACGCCGGCGCAUGCGCACGCCGACCGCCGCCGCCGAGUAAACAUGGACGUCUGAAUCCCAUCUUAUAGCGAAUUUUAAGACUGAUGAAGCACACCAUCCAAGAGGGCAUUUACAUUCUACAGUGCUAUUGUUAACAAAGAUGAUGAACUUCUAAAGUAGGACUUACUUGACAUAAGUCAUCACAUCAAAAUGGAAGACCUCCACCGCCUAAGCAGCAGUACCUGUACAGAGCUAGAACGUCUAGCUGCUGCUGCAGCCACUAUGGGUUAUUCAGAAUCCUUGGUUGCAGCUCAUCAGCCUCCUCUAUCUGUAGGGGGCCCUGUUCUUCCUCCUCAAUUUCCACCUGAUCAUUAUCAAAGACAAUAUUCCCGCCAUGAGCCACACCCGCGGCCUGCAUAUGAGCAGGUCUCCCGUCACCCUCCUCCAAAUGCUCAUCAUCAGCCAGCACCACCAGCCCAUGCACAUGCUCCUCCACCCACUGUCCAGUACAUAACAGACAGAGCCCCACCCUAUGGGAGAGGGGGCCAGUUCUUGCCCAUGGUAGACAUGCAGUAUAACAAUCCCAGUGUUGUUGCUCCGCCAACUCACACUGAGCCACAGUUCCAGCAGCCUCCACCUCCAGAACCUAUACAACAGCCAGUAGUGCCACCCCCUCCAGACAUCCCUCUCACAGUAGCCAAAGAGAAGAAGAAACCUACAGAGACCUCAGCAGCGAAAAAGAGGAAAAACGAGCCACGAGAUGCCCAGAAUCCAGAUGGACAUGAAGAUUUGGUAGACGAAGAAGAAAAAGACAGCAACACCAUGGAAGUACCCUCUCCUAUUGAAGAACCAGGAGGAACACUAGUAUAUCCAUGUAUUUCAUGUGGGGUCAAUCUUGCAUCCCCUGAAUUGUGGCAAGACCAUCAGUUAGAAAGUCAUUCCAACAGUGUUAAUAGACGCAGGAAUGGUCUCUCUCUUGAGGUCAAGAUUGAAAUAAUUAAACGCAUUAAUAGUGGCGAAAAACAGUCAGACAUGGCAGAGGAAUAUAUGGUGAAUCGUUCAACAAUUAAGUCCAUUAUGAAAAAAUCAAACAGCUAUUUACAGUGCUGGAAGAAGGGAAUGUUCCACCCAGACAGCAAACGCUUGAAGGGACCUAAGCGUGAAGAUAUAGAAGCUGCUUUGUAUUCAUGGUAUAAGCAAGCCAUCAGUACAGGGACACCAGUCUCAGGGCCAAUUCUCUGUGCCAAAGCCCUUGCUUUUGCCAGUAAACUUGGUCAUACAGAUUUUAAAGCAACUCAUGGUUGGUUAGACCGUUUUAAAAAGAGGAAAAACAUAGUUUUUGGGAGAGCUCCAGCUAGAAGAAAGAGAGAAGAGGAAGAAAACAGUUCCCCAGAACUUAAGCCUGGAGAAUGGCAGACUGCUGUAUUACCUCAGUUAUUACUUGAAUUUGAUCCUGGUGAUGUAUUUGCAGUUGAAGAAAUUGGUUUAUUAUAUAGGACUCUACCAACUGUUGCCCCCAAUCUGCGUGGGGAGAGAUGUGCAGGAGGCAUCCGUAGCAGACUGAGACUCACAGUAUUAUUGUGUGGUAAUAUGACAGGAACAGAGAAAUUUCCAUUGCUUGUAGUAGGCAAACAUCCGAAGCCUUCUAGUUUUCGACAUGUUAAGAGUCUGCCUGUGCAGUACCUUGCUAAUCAGAAGGCAUGGAUGACCAGUGAUAGUUUUGGAGCCUGGUUGCAGGAUGUUGACUCCUGGUUUGUACAACAGGGCAGAAGGGUAGUUGUAAUUGCGGCAUGUUUACCAGUGCAUUCCAAGCCUCCCGGUGGUUUGCGAUCAGUGCGCCUGGUAACUGCUCCUAAUGGUUUUCUAGGACCAUUGCGCCAUGGUGUGGUGAUGGCAUUCAAGCGAAACUACCGACGUGGCAUAUUAGAAACAUUGGUCAACCAACUGCAGAGAGACGACCCCACUCCAAACAAGCGCACCCGACGUCUUAACACAAAGCUGAGUCUCUUAACUUGUUUACAUCAGCUGGCCACUGCUUGGCACAGUGUGUCUGAUGCUGUCAUUAGUGCCAGUUUUGCCCGUGCGGGAGUUAGCAAAUAUGGAGCUUGGGGUGCUCCUCCCCCUCCACCUGAUCCAUCCAUGGGGGCUGAAAAUUUAACUUUACUUCAUCGUCUGCGAACUCUUGGGCUUCGCAUCCCAGACAUGACUUUUGAUGAUUUUGUUCACUUCGAUGAUGAAGUUCAAGUUUGUAACCUGAACAAUGAUGAUGACAUCCUUGCUGUUGUCACUGGGGCUGAUAAAGAUGAUGACAUGAGAUAUGAUGAUGAAGAUGAUGAGCAAGAUGAGGAAGAGGAUGAUAACGAAGAGGAAGGAGAACGUGGUCCUUCUCUGAACGAUGUAGAGGCAGCUCUUUCCACUUUAAGAAGACACAUCCAGUACCAAGAAGGAGCUCAGGAAAUGUUUCGUGUUCUGGCUCACCUGGAGUACCUCAUAUACAAAGGUCAGGCAGGUGGAAAGGGAGUUGGUGUUCAGCCUACCACCCCAAACCCUCACUAGACUUCUUGUUUACUUAAUCUGCAUUCUUGUUCCCCGUCCAAUCCUUCUGAAAGGGCAGCCAAGUGAACAGCAACUCUCAUGCUACAUCAUGGAAGUUUCUCUUUCUCAUUGUCAUUUUUUAAGACACGUUGCCAUAGGUCAUAGAAAUGACUUCUAAUUAAUAAUGACUUAACUGAUACAACCCACAACUGAUUGACCUCAUGAAAUGAAACAAAAAUAUGUACUUUGGUGUUUGGUUAUAAAGAUGAUCAAACUGAAAGAAGGUAUUUGAACAUUCACCGAGCAGUUAUUUGAUGGAGUUUGUUUUCUGCAGUCUGUAUGUAAUAUAAUUUUUUUAUUCUUUAGAGCUUUAACUCUCAAACCACAUUGUCUUGAUAACUGUUCCAAUCUCAGUCCUUCACUUAAAUUCUGCAUUGUGGUGGUCUUGUUGUGCACAAACUGAAAAUUUGAGCAGUAAUUGCCCUGCCUUAUGAUUGUGCCUCGAACCCACUGGGAUUCUUGACCCAUUGAGUUGGCUCUUGCCUAGGGAGAGAUCUGGGGUGGAAUUCAGUUUCGUAAUCACAUGUCUUUUCUGUUAUUGGCCAAGUAAGGGCGUGGGAAAACAGAUAUCAGAAAAGAAAUAGGUUUUGGGAAAUUUGGGUAAUUUGGAAAGGGUGCAGAACUUUUUCUGAUACGGAUUUUAUUCAUAAAUGUCGCAUAAUCAGAAUACAGAAAAUAUGAAUCAUCACAGUCUUUGUAUUUCAUCAGGCCUUUGGCUAAAUUUUCAUGUUCAGAUAUGACCUAUUUUCCAGAUAUGUUGUUUGAAAAGUCAUUUUUUUUAGGGGGGGGUUAUAGAGUAUUUAUUGAGUUGUGAUACUUAUUUCAUGUUGACUUUAAACAGUACUUAUUUUGUGAACAAUAUUAUUUAGGUUAGCUUUCAUUUUGUAUCAGAUGGUUUGUGGUAGUGCUCAUACCACAAAUCAUGUUUAUGUCAGUAUUUUUGCUUGCAGUAAAGUAUUAAUGCCAUUAUCAUCUGCCUUAUAUUCUGCAAUACAUCACAUCAGCCUAGCUUGUCCCCCUUUUGUGAAGACAAGAGAGCAGAAGCUGAUACUAAGUGUGCCAUGCUGAAAGUGGUGUGACUACGUGCCACAGGCAGUUAUAUCUCAGCAUCAGGGAGUGUGAGACAAGGGGACACAUUCUUUGUGUGUAUGUAUAUAUAUAUAAACUGGUUGUGGUGAAGGGUGUACAAGUAUAUAAAAUAAGAUGUUAAUUUUGUAAUUUGUUGCUAAUUACUGUAUGCUUCCAUCACUUAUAAUUUUUUAGGAUAUAGAUUAAAAAUGUGCCAUAGGCACCAAUUCAUUUUCAUUGUGACAGAGGGAUUGUACAGAUAAAAAGAACAUUAUUUUUUUUAGAAGAAUAUUCUUGUCACAUAUCUCAUUCUGUGUUUACUUUAAGGAUUACAGAAAUAUGCAAUUCAGUGAAUUUACAAAGAAUGCCUCACCUACUAGAGGCCUUCAUAUUGCUCAUCUUGUACCCAUUUUAUGAAAAAGCAUUUAACAUGAUUAAAUGAUCCAUAUUA